GCGGCUGCGCAGAGAGUCUGAGUCGCGCCUAGUUGCUAUAGCAACGAGGGGAGGCCUUCCGUCCGUCCAUGGGCGGCCUUUCUCAUGUCGCUGCCGGAGCCUGUGAGGAGGAGGCUCAGCUCCUUCAGUCGGACCGUCUUCACCGACAAUAACCGCACCGGCCCGGACAACAGAAGCGACGACAACCUCCCGGAUAAUGAACUCGUCUCCAAUUUGCCCCUGCAAAUGUCCCUCUAUUUCAACCUUUGCUUUUUCCCGUUUUGGUGGGUGAGUAGCGUGGUCAUGCUACAGCUGAAGUAUCCAGUCUUACCGGAUUACUACAAGUUCAUCCUGGUGACGAUCAUGAUAAUAAGUUCUCUGAUAGAGGUUAUCCGUCUGUACCUGGGAUACAUGGGCAAUUUACAGGAGAAGGUUCCCGAACUGGCCGGCUUCUGGCUCCUGAGUCUCUUCUUGCAACUGCCCUUAAUCCUCUUCCUGCUUCUAAAUGAAGGCCUGAAGAUCCAGCCAUUGGAGCGAGCCGUCCACGUCGUCUUCGUGGCCUUCCUCGUCUUCCAGGUCGUCGCGGCCUUCCUCGCGCUCAAAAAAAUGGUCAACCAGCUGGCCACUCGUUUCCGCCUUCGGGAAUUCGACCGCCUGGACAACCCUCUCCCCGCCGGUCGUCAGGGUGGGCCGAAAGCGAGACCGGAAGCUCCGUGGGCGGCCGGGUUCCCCAUGGAAGAAAUUCAACCCACCAGUGUUGGAUGGGGGUCUGCCGUGAAGGCGUGACGGUCUCGUGGAGCCAUGCGCCACUGAUAAAUGCUUCUCGUUGCCUUAAUCAUCGGUGUUUCUUUGGAACUCGCCUUGGGAUAGAUUGCAAAACGACUCUUCUCUGAGGCAGCUGACAUAGGAAGUUCCGGGCCUAUCCAGGUGUGUUGAAAAAUGAAACAGUGAGAUGUACGAGCUUGUAUCAUUGCAGCCGAGAGCAGGGAAUUCGUUUUCUGUCUGGUCUCACUCAUGGUACCGUUCAAAUGUAAUCCACGUGGAUUUUGCAUCCCCCUAUAAUGUUUUAUUACGCAUUCCUCCGUGGGCAUUCACCCACAGAAAAAAAUAGUGUCACCGUUGGCUCUUGACAUUAUUUUUGGACACUUGGCAGACAGGACGUGAGUGGGGGGAUUGUUUUGUAUUAAACCUAGCAUUUGGAAAAGUUCUUUUUUUAACGUUUCAAUAACGGUUGCAACAAAAUAUUUUUGUAUAUAUUUUUUUAAGUUUCCAUUACAGGUGCAAAGGAGCGUUCUGUAUAAUAAACAGUUGCAAAGGAA